ACUCACCUCCUUAUCGACGUUUUAAAGCAUGAAUCUCACACGCUUUGGUGAGUGCUGCGCCUUCGAGUCUCCCAUCCUAGACCAGGUUUUGCCUCCGAUACUGGUCCUUGAGUUCAUGUUUGGACUGGCGGGUAACGUUGUGGCACUGUGGAUGUUCAUCUUCCACAUGGAUACAUGGAAGCCGAACUCUGUGUACCUGACUCACCUGGCUGUUGCAGACUCCAUCGUGCUGUUCUGCCUCCCUUUCAGAGCAGACUAUUACAGACGGGGGAAAAACUGGCUGUACGGUGACGCCUUUUGUCGAAUUCUGCUCUUUUUGCUUGCUGCAAACCGUGCUGCCGGGAUCUUCUUCCUCACGGCUGUGGCUGUCGACCGGUACUUCAAGAUCGUCCACCCUUUGAAUCGAAUCAACAGGUUGGGUCUUUGUUACGCUCUCUGGGUCUCGCUCUUUCUCUGGUGUCUGAUUUUUCUCGCUACCGGGUAUCUUCUCGCUGAUCAGCACUUUUUCACAAGCAACAACCGUACUCAGUGUGAGAGUUUCAACAUCUGCAUGGGCUUCAGCCCCCUCUCCACCUGGCACAACACUUUCUACAUCGUCCAGUUUUUCCUCCCCACGGCAAUCGUCGCUUUCUGCACCAUCAGAAUCACCUGGCAGCUGAAAAGCAGGACCGUGGACAAAAAUGGGAAAAUCAAACGUGCCGUGCAGUUUGUCUCCGCUGUGGCUCUGAUCUUUAUUACCUGCUUCUUCCCCAGCACCGUUUCACGCAUUGCCGUGUGGAUCCUCAAGGUGUGGUAUCAAGAAUGCAAGUAUUUUGAGACGGCUAACCUGGCGUUCUACACAUCCGUUUGUUUCACGUACUUCAACAGUGUCCUAAACCCGGUGGUGUAUUAUUUCUCGAGCCCGGCAUUCAGCGGCACCUUCCAGAAGCUCCUGAAUAAACUGCUGAGAAGGAGCAAUGAUGAAACUGACACUACUGAGAAUGACAUUUCCACGGUUGAUGGUAGAAGAAUAUAAAACCAGCUACUAUUUCAAGCUGUUACAUGAAUGCAUGAUGCAUUUCAAAGUUCAGGCUACUGAUUAAAAAAAAAUAUCCUGAUUUAUAACUGUAAUAAGAUUUAGUGAAGAGGUUAUGCUGUGACUGUUACAACAAAAUUGAACAGCCUGUAAAAUUAGCAAUUUACUGUUGUGUAAACAGCAGGCUUAACAUAACCCCUCAAGGGUGAAAGCCCAAAUCUAUUCUGUUAGUGAGGAUUAUGACUUUCAUUUAGAUUUUCUAAUAAUGACUUGGUAUAAUAAAAUAUUAACUUGGUAUUGCAAAUUUUAUUUACAAACCUUUCUUAAAUAUUUUGUGGAAGUUACUUAUUUUAGAAAGAUACUUUUUCUGAGAUGCAGAACUGUCAUUAUUCAUAUACCAAAUUAAUAAUUUAUUAUUGGCAAGUCCUAACUUACUGUUAUAUAUAGCUGCAUUAUUGUAGAGAACAAUCUGCAUUCUGAGAUACUAAGGAUAAUACAAUAUUAAUUGUAAGAGAUUGCUCUAUAAAGUCUUUUAUUUGGAACAUGUACCUGCUCAUUACCUAAAAAAAAAAAAAACAUUUUUAGAUUGGAUCCUAUAGAAAUGAUUUGGCAGAUUUUCCCAUCUAUAGUGAAACUGGGCUGCAAUACUUGUAUGUGUGAUUGCGCUGUUAAACAUUGACCCACCACUAAGAUAUUUCAACUUCUUUUUUUUUCUUCCAGUAAAUAAAGAAAUAAGAUAACCUG